AUGGAAAUUGAAGCACCUCUGAGUCCAAGAGGUAUUCCAAGUCCAAGAACAACUACAACCAGUUCAGUCAAUGAAUAUCAAAAGAGAUUAGAUGGCAAACAACAACAACUACAAACAACGAUAUCGAUAUCAUUUGACCAACCAUCAUCAUCCAAUAAUCAAUCACCAAAAAUGAUGGAAAUGGCUGGAAAUAGUAGUAGACAAGACAGAGAUAGAGAUAGAGAUCGAUCAACCUCAAUAUCAUCAUAUAAUUCUGAAAAUGAUAACGAUUAUGAUGAUGAUGAUUAUACAAAUGAUGAUGACGAUGACGAUGAUGACGAUGAUGAUAAUGAUAAUAAUGAUGGUGACGACGAUGACACAAAUAAUGAUGAUGAUGAUGAUGAUAAGGAUAAUCCAAGUCAUUCCGAUAAUGAUGGUGAUGAUGAAGGUAGAGGACCAACUAAACAAUCUUCAUUAUCAUCUUCAUUGCGAAGAAGUGGUCAUAGUGGUCAUAGUGGUCAUAAUCGAAGACCAAGUAGUAAUAAUAAUAAUAUAGAUAGUAGACAAGAAAAAGAGUUACGUCAAUCACUUAAACAAGCUAAAAACACUAUUGCAUCGUUGAUUGAACAAAUAUCUGAUUAUCAAUCACUAGUAGAAGAGGAAAAAGAAAGAGAAAAGGAAUUAUUUACCCUACAAAUUGAUGAUUUACAAGAUGAGUUAGAUUGUUUAAAGAGAGAAAAGAAUUUACAAGCAAAGACAAAUGUACAAAACUUGGAAACGUUGAUGAAAGAGAUUGAUCUCAUUGAAGAGUCAAACAAUGAUUUACGAGUAGCACUAGAAUCUGAACAGAAACAACAUAAUGCAUCACAAGACCUAAUUAAAAAGUUAAAAGAAGAACAACAAGUAUUACAAAAGAAUCAACAAGGAAGUCAAGGAAGUCAGAAACAAUCACAACAAUCGCCAUCACAAAUAUCACAAGUGACAAUGGAAUUUAAAUUGACAGAUGGAGUUGUAUCAAAUAUUAAAUUGGUGUCUGCCAAACCACACAAUCCACCAAAAUCUCCUAAUUUAAAGUCUUCCACUUCUAAUGGUGCAUCAUUGUCAUUGAUGUCUGCAUCAUCAUCACAGUCACAAUCAGUUUCAGUAUCAUACAUGGAAAUUGAAGAAGAACGUAAUAACCUACUACGUAAACUACUAGAUGAAAAAGAACAACAUGAAAGAACAUUUACAAUGCUUAAAGAAGAAAGAACUCGUUCUGAAUCAAGUAGAUCUUCUGCUGAUGAAUUGGUUAAAAAGAUAAAAGAAUUAAUUAAAUUACAUUCAUCAACAUUGUCAGAGUUGGAAGAGGAAAGGGAGAUUAGCCAACAGAGAGCUGACCAAAUUGCAGAUCUAAGGUUGAAAUUAUCGAGACCUACAAAUGGAAAAUUGCAAAGAACUCAUUCUCAAUUACUCACUUUGAAGAGGUCAAAUGCUCAAACUCUCAUUAUGCCUGCGACCUCAAAUACUUCUACCACCAACUCUGCUUCUGCUGGUUUGCUGACGGCUAGAAGAGGUGGGGAAGGUGGAAAUAGAUCAAACUCUAUAUCUGGUCCUAGGAAUGGAGCUGCUGAUAUCCAAACUACCUCUCCACCAAGUGAGGGUGGAUCUUUGUCGUCGUCAACGGUGGGUAAGAUUCCAACCAUCAAUGCAUUGUUAUCGCCAACUUCAACGUCUAUUUCGACGUUGACUACUAUCCACACGACACCUCCUACGUCGACACCCUACUCUCAAUCGAUUGAUGAGAACUUGAACCAAAUUGGAAACAAGGCAGACUUGCCAACGCUGGCGAUAGAGCAACGACAACAGAUCCAGCAACAAAAGAGUUUAUAG